UUUAGCUUCCGGCCUUUGUCCUCACUCCUUGUCUCUCUCCGCCCCACCCCGCGGACUCAGUGAUCACAGAGAGGAAGUGCUUUGCUGCUCGCCCCGCGAUCUGACGAUUGAACGCUCUCCAAGGAAGAGCCGAGGCGCGUCUGAGUUUAGAAGCUCAUCUCCAGGUGGAAUGUUAGAAGACUCCAAGAGUAUUUCCUUCCUCAUAUUGCUGGUCUACAGCCAGAUAAUCUCUGUUUAACCUGAUAGUUCAAAGAGCUCCGUGUCUCUUUGAUCAAGUCCCAAGGAGAUAAGUUUGCAUUUUCUCAAAGGCACAGAGUUGUAGCCAGUGGUAAUUACCAUCAUGGAGACCAAGAGCCAUAACAGCCUUCAGGAGAGACCCACACCCUCCAGCAAUGAGGAGACAUCAGUGGAUGGCAAUAAGUUAAUCAAAGCUGUUAAAGAAGAAGACAUCAAGCUGGUCCAACAAUUCCUGGAAAGAGGGGCUGAUGUUAACUUCCAGGAUGAGUGGGGCUGGUCACCUUUGCAUAAUGCAGUACAAAGUUGCCAGGAGGACAUGGUGGAUCUUCUGCUUCGUCAUGGGGCUGACCCUUGUCUGAAGAAGAAGAAUGAGGCCACUCCAUUCAUCAUUGCUGGGAUUGUGGGAAAUGUGAAGCUGCUCAAACUUUUCCUUUCUAAAGGUGCGGAUGUCAAUGAGUUUGAUGCUAAUGGCUUCACAGCUUUCAUGGAAGCCGCUGUGAAUGGGAAGGAUAAAGCCUUAAAAUUCCUGUAUGAGAAUGGGGCAAAUGUGAAUUUGAGCCGAAAGACAAAGGAGGAUCAAAAGAGGCUUAGGAAAGGAGGGGCCACAGCUCUAAUGGAUGCUGCUGAAAAUGGACAUGUAGAUGUCUUGAAGAUCCUCCUUGAUGAGAUGGGAGCAGAUGUCAAAGCCUGUGACAAUAUGGGCAGAAAUGCUUUGAUCUAUGCAUUUAGGAAUUCUGAUGUUAGAAAUGUGGAGGGCAUCACUAGCCUUCUGCUGCAGCAUGGCGCUGAUGUCAAUGUGAGGGGAGAGAAAGGGAAGACACCCCUGAUCCUGGCAGUGGAAAAGGAGCACUUGGGUUUGGUGCAGAUGCUUCUGGAACAAGAACAUAUAGAGAUUAAUGAGACAGACAGUGAGGGCAAAACAGCACUUCUGUUGGCCGUCCAACUCAGACUGAAGGAAAUUGCUCAACUGUUAUGCAACAAAGGAGCCACCACGAACUGUGGGGAUCUUGUGAUGAUAGCGAGGCGCAACUAUGACAGUUCCCUUGUAAGGCUUCUUCUCUCUCAUGGGGCCAGAGAAGAUUGUCCCCCUCCCACUGAAGACUGGAAGCCUCAGAACUCACGCUGGGGGAAGGCCUUGGAACACCUCCACAGAAUAUACCGCCCUAUGAUUGGCAAACUCAAGAUCUUUAUUGAUGAAGAAUAUAAGAUUGCUGACACCUCUGAAGGGGGCAUCUACCUUGGGUUCUAUGAAGGGCAAGAAGUAGCUGUGAAACGAUUCUGUGAAGGCAGCACACAUGGACGACAGGAAGUCUCCUGUCUGCAGAGCUGCCGAGCAAACAGUGACUUGGUGACAUUCUACGGGACUGAGAGCUACAAGGACUGUCUGUAUGUGUGUCUUGCCCUCUGUGAGCAGACCCUGGAGGAACACUUGGCCAAGCACAGUGGGCAGGCUGUGGAAAACAAGGAAGAUGAGUUUGCCCGAAACACCCUCUUAUCUGUAUUUAAGGCUCUUGAAGAAUUACAUCUGCGGUCUGGAUACACUCACCAGGAUCUGUGCCCACAAAACAUCUUAAUAGAUUCCAAGAAUGCUGUUUGCCUGGCAGAUUUUGAUAAAAGCAUCAAGUGGACUGGAGAGCCGCAGGAAAUCAAGAGAGAUCUACAGGCCCUUGGUCAGCUAGUCCUAUAUGUGGUAAGGAAGGGAGAGCUCCCUUUUGAGACACUGAAGACUGAAAGUAAUGAAGAGGUGAUUCAACUUUCUCCAGAUGAGGAAACUCGGGACCUCAUUCAUCAACUGUUUAACCCUGGAGACAAUGUGCAGGGGCACCUGAGUGGCCUGCUGGGUCAUCCCUUCUUUUGGAGUUGGGAGAACCGCUAUAGGACCCUUAGGGAUGUGGGAAAUGAAUCUGACAUUAAAAAAGGAUUGCUUACAAGGAGGAUUGUCCAACUACUACAACCUGAAAAAUCUGAAUGUUCCAGUUUUGCCCAGUGGACUUCUAAGAUUGACAAAUAUGUUAUGAAAAAAAUGAAUAGGUUUUAUGAGAUAAACAAAAAAUUACCUUAUCAGGACACUGUGCAAGAUCUGCUAAAGUUCAUCCGGAAUCUGGGAGAACAUAUUAAUGAAGAAAAAAAUAAGGAGAUGAGGUUGAGAAUUGGAGAACCUUUCCAGUAUUUGCAGGAGAAUUUUCCCGAUCUGGUCAUGUAUGUCUAUAAGAAACUACAGAACACAGAAUACAGAAAGCAUUUCCCAAAAACUCACAAUCCAAACAAGCAUUGGCGUGAUGAAGGUCAGCCUUGAGUGGUGGCUGAGGUUUUUGCUUUCAGGGAGGCACUUACUUAGCUGUGUGAUCCUGGGCACAUCACAACUCUCUGGGCCUCUUAACUAACCUGGUUGCUUGCAAGGGUGAGUUAGAUAGUGGAUGUGUCAGGUCCUGGCACCAGUGCUCAGUAUUCCCCACAUGUUUAUAACCAAAAAAGUAUAUACUCCAACUACCCUCCUUGUCCUUCUUACAGGUAAAGCUUAGUGGCAGGAACUGGGUGGGGGGGCAUCCUGCUAAGAGUCCUCUUAUCAGUUGCACCGAAGGAGUGAGUGCUUAGACCUCUAAUGCUUGAUUAUCUCAUUUGGUUCUCCUAAUGACCUUGCAAGCUAGGGUUUGUUAUCUCCACAUAAGAACUGGCAGACUUGAGACUCAGACAGUUUGAACUACUUGCCCAAGAUCACACAAUUUUUACAGAGCACUGUAUAAAUGCAUGUUGUGUUAUUGUUAUUACUCACGUGGGUACUUUUGAACUUAAUUACCAGCCCAGGGAUCUUCUGGAUGGAUCCCAAAAGGAAUAUGUCAAGGGGACUCCAGGAAGCUCAUUCAUUCAUUGACUCCACUUAUUCAUUCAUUCAAUAUUUUUUGAGCACCUAGGAUAAGCCUAGGCACUAAUUGUAUGAAUUCCAUUCCUUCUAGAACCACCUGCACUGGUUUUCUAUGACCUUAUGGCAGUAGUUCUCAACUGGGGGCAGUUUUGCCCCUGAGGGGCCAUUUGGCAGUGUCCGGGAUGCUUUUGGUUUCAAAUCUAGAAGAUAAGGGGAUAUUAUUGGCAUCUGGUAGAUGGAGGUCAGGGAUGAUGCCAAACAUUCUACAGUGCACAGGAUAGCCCCCCACAACAUGAAAUUAUCCAGCCUAAAAUAGCAGUGGUACCAAGACUGCGAAACUCUGCCUUAAGGGAUCAGGACACCUUUGAACUGACUUGGGGCCCAGGACCAUGGAUUAUGUGGACCACCUCACAGAGGAGUGACUUGAAUUUGUUUUCUUGUUUUUGAAUUUGUAGUGAAACAAUUCCAGUGUCAACUCUCCAAGAAGUCCCCUGAGCACCCUCACUUUCCACACCCCAGUCCAAGUGUUCUCUCUGGCUCCCUAGCACCCACAGCCACAUCAGAGCAUGCUCCUUUCCACCUUUGCAUGCUUCUUCCCUACUGGACUGUAAGAGCUCAAGUGCCAAUGAGUUUUAUAUAUAUAUAUAUAUAAAAUGAGAUAUAUAUAUAUAUAAAAUGUAUCAUUAAUGCUUAGCAAAAAGUCUGCCACAUAAAUAUUCAUUGAAAAAUGAAUGAACCAUCUUCAUACAUGAAUAAUAAUGCUACCUUACAUUUUAAUGGUGCUUUAUAAUUUAUAAAUUACACCUACAUAUUUUCUCUUUUAGUUUUCAAAACAAUCCUGCAAGGUAAAUGCUGUUAUCCUCAUUUUGCAGAUGAGGAUAGAGGCAUGUUGAUUUGCUCUAAUACAUAGCUAGGAAGUAUCACUGUCUUGAUUUGAACAUAUUUUCUGGCAUUAAGUCUGAUGUAUUUUCCACUUAUCCUCGUUGUGGUGGUCAAGAUGGAGCUUUGUAAUGGGAGGAUCUGGGGAAAAAAAUAAACAAACAAAAAACUACAGUAUCUUAGGUUCUUUCUGAAGAGAAGGUAGCCUGAACCAGGCUUCAUUGACUUCAUUAAAGUCAAGAAGUGUUGGAAGUUAAACUAAACAAAAUUGACAUUAAUGUCUUCCGCUCUCACCUGUGAUUGCAUGGAUCAUUCUCUCCUUGCUAAAAAAAAAAAAAAAAAAAAAGGAAGUACUGGAAGAAAGAAACUUUAGGCUGUUCUAUAAGGUUUUAGAAGCAGGAAGAUUGCUUUAGGUUUUAAAAUUAAGUUUUGGUUUUUUGAUUUGUAGUAAGUACCUGGAUAUGUCAAUCAAAAUGCCCAUUUGUAAAGCAUAUUCAAUAAAACUUGGAAUUAUCUUAUUAA